UUCUUAUUGACCGACCAAGAUGGCGAAGGCGGUGGUGACCUUGUACGGCGAUGACGCCCGCGUGUAUGGCUCGCUCGUCCUGAGCCAGUCGAACGAAGAUGCCAAGACGCUCGUCGUCGGCAACCUCAAGGGCCUCUCGGCCGGCAAGCACGCGCUCCACAUCAACGUCUUUGGCGAUGUCUCCAACGGCGGCGCGUCCACGGGUGGUGUCUUCAACCCCUUUGGCAAGGCCCACGGCGCCCCGGAGGACGAAGAGCGCCGCGUCGGCUCGCUCGGCAACAUCCAGGUCGACGAGGAAGGCAACGCCAAGGUCCACGUUGAAGACGCGCUCCUCAAGCUCAUUGGCCCGCACUCGGUCAUUGGCCGCUCGCUCGUGAUCCACGAAAACGAAGACGACCUUGGCAAGGGCGGUCAUGAGCUCAGCCUCCAGAACGGCAACGCCGGCCCGAUCAAGGCCUUUGGUGUCAUUGGCAUCUCGGCGUAAACGUACUCGUAUUGCUACUUGACACCGUGGUGAUGCGUGGAUCCCAGCAUUGAACACCGACGAUGAAGUUAUGUGAUCGA